AUGCUGUCUUUUAUCUCCGUCUUGGGUGUGAUGAUCAUGGCGAUGGUCAUCGCGAAACUUCUUUCUGUUGGCCAUCGUCCCAAGAACUUGCCCCCCGGCCCUCCCACAUUACCCAUCAUUGGCAAUAUUCAUCAGAUGCCGAGUCGUGAUGCACACGUCCACUUCGAGAAAUGGGCUCGCGAGUAUGGUCCAAUAUACAGCCUGAUGCUGGGGACAAAAUGCUUGAUUGUCAUCUCCAGUGCCGAAGCGAGCAAGGAACUUCUCGAUCGCCGGAGUAAGAUCUACUCGGACCGUCAAGAUAUGUAUAUCGGCCAGACAUUGUGUAGCGGUGGCCUUCGCGUCUUGAUGAUGCGGUAUGGACCAACCUGGCGAAUGUCCCGGAAGCUGACCCACGGGUUACUGAAUGUCGUCAGUUCGAAGAACUAUAUACCCUACCAGGUGCUGGAAAACAAGCAAAUGCUGUAUGAAUUCUUGACGCGGCCCAACGGAUUUCUCAAGCACAUCCGCCGCUACUCGAAUGCGCUGACCACAACGAUGGUCUAUGGUUGGCGAACGUCCACCUACGAGGAUCCCAAGAUAAAGCAGCUUUUCGAGGGCGUGGCGGAAUUCGCGGCCUUGACACAGACAGGCACGGCAGCAAUCAUCGACUUCUUCCCUUGGUUGGGACGAUUGCCAGAUUCUCUGAUCUCUGCGCAGAAAAAGGCCAAGGCGCUCCACAAACGCGAAAAGCCACUCUACCUGGGCCAUUGGCUGCGGGCUAAAGAAGAGAUCGAGGCCGGAUGCAUCAAACCCUGUUUCUGCGUUGGGAUGUUCGAAUCUCAGAAGCGAGAACUAUUCGGCGAUGACCAGGCCGCCUAUAUUUCGGGAACGCUGCUCGAAGCGGGCUCCGAUACGACGUCCAACACUCUGUACGCCUUUGUGCAGGCAAUGCUCCUGUUCCCGGACGUUCAACGCAGGGCGCAGGCAGAGAUAGACCAGGUUGUGGGACCGGAUCGCCUGCCGGUGAUGGAUGAUCUGUCCAAACUGCCAUACAUCCGUGCCUGCAUGAAGGAAACCUUGCGGUGGAUGCCGACCGCCAUUCUCGGCGCCGUGCCUCACGCCGUCACGCAGGAUGACGAGUACAUGGGAUACCUGAUCCCCAAGGGGGCGGGGAUCCUGCACAACGUGUGGGCCAUUCAUAUGGAUCCAAAACGUCACCCGAAGCCCCGUGAAUUCAACCCCGACCGGUACCAGGGCGACGAGCAGAGCCUCCACGAUGCCGCGACGAACCCGGACGCUGCACAACGCGAUGUGUUCACUUUCGGUGCCGGACGUCGUAUCUGUCUAGGCAUCCACGUGGCUGAGCGUAGCUUGUUCCUCGGCAUGGCGGGGAUUCUAUGGGCCUUUGAGAUUUCCCCGGCACAGGAUGACAUGGGACGGCCAAUCCUCCCAGAUGCGGACCGGCUGACCCAAGGGUUUGUAUGUCUGCCAGAGCCGUAUCCUGCAGAGAUUCGACCUCGGACGAGAGAGAAGGCCGAAUUGAUCCGAACGGAGUGGAAACGAGCAGAAGAGGUGUGUCUGGACAGUAAGACCAAACAAUGGCUGGAUGCUGCUGCGGAGUAG